AUGGGGGCCCCUCCGCCAGCAGGGGAAGGGGCCACGCCCCUGAGUGCUGGGGGCCAAGGGGCCAGCUCCCCCUGCCCAGGGACGGCGCUGGGGAGGGAGAGAUCCUCGCUGCAGGCGCUGCUUCACCAGUACCACCGGGAGACCUGCGCCCGCAUCUCCUCGGCCCUGGUGCUGCUGGCGCUGGCCUUGGCCUUGGCCUUUUACCAGAUGACCUCCGGGGGCUCCUCGCGGCUGGGCGGCGCCCAGGUUCCCAGGCAGGAUGAUGGCGCCGGGCAGAUGGGGGCGCAGGAGGAGCCUGGAGACAUCCCAUCUGCGGCUCACAUGCAUGCACGGGGCGUUUACCAUCAUGCCACCCUCAUCACCAGCUCAGAGACCUGCUCCCGCCUGGGCAAGGACCUGCUGGUGGCCGGCGGGAACGUGGUGGAUGCCGGGAUCGCAGCUGCACUCUGCUUGGGGCUGGUCCACCCGCAUGCCGGGGGGCUGGGCGGCGUGUUCUCAGCCCUGCUGCACAACGCCUCGUCGGGCAGCACCGUGGCGUUGAACGCCGUCCCGCGCCGUGGCUUCUCCCCGCACUACGGGCUCCCCAUGGCCCUGCCGGGCCUGCGCCUGCUGCACCGGCACUUCGGCCGCCUGGCCUGGCCGCACCUGCUGGAGGGACCGGCUGUGCUGGCGGAGAGAGGCUUCCGCGUGGACCAGGAGCUGGCUGCGGCCCUGCAGGAGAGCGCGGGCGCGGUAAAGGCCUCAGGCCUCUGCAGCCUCUUCUGCAACGGGGCCGGCGAGCUGAAGGGCCAGGGCGCGCUGGUCACCCAUCCCCGGCUGGCGGCCCUGCUCCGGGCGGUGGCGUCAGGGGACGAGGCCCUGCCCCAGGCCCUGGCCCCGGACCUGCCCCCUGCCGAGCGGGAGCCCUUCCUGCAGGCCAUGGGGGACGUGGGGCUGGAGCUGCAGAGCCCCCUGGCCAUGCAGCUGGGCGACACCUGGCUGUAUGGAGCCCCGGCCCCUGCCGCCGGCAGCCUGCUGGCCAGCGUCCUCGAGGAGGUGCGGGCAGCCGAGCCCCGGGACGCGCCUGAUCCCUGCCUGAGGGCCCUGAGCGCGGCCUGGCGUGGCUACUCCCGGGGGCUUGGGGAGGCCGUGGGUGGGGGCCCCUCACCCCGGCCCCCUCGCCCUGCCAGGGCCCCCUCGCCUGUGGGCAGCCACCUGGCAGUGGCAGACAGCCAGGGGAACGUGCUGCUGCUCUCGGCCUCUCUCAACAGCUCCUUCGGCUCCAAAUUCCUGGCGCCCGCCUCAGGCAUCCUGCUGAGUGACCUGACAGCGCCCACAGGGCCUGGCCUGCUCUCCUGGGCCUGCCCCGUGGUGCUGAGCCUGGGGGAAGAGGGGACAGUGGUGGGGCUGGGGGCCACAGGGGGCAGUGCGGCCCCACUGGCCCUGGCCCAGGCCAUUAUAAACCAGGUGUACCUGGGGCAGCCCCUGCAGGAGGCGCUGGAGAACCCAUGGCUGCAGCUCAGGGGUGGGGGGGACGGGGCCUCCCAGGGCUGUGGGCCGGGCACCCAGUCAAAUGUGUCCAGUGGCGAGUGGGCUGGGGGGGCCCCACAGGUGGGCCCCUGGGUGCUGCAGGUGGCAUCACAGGGUGAGCAUGCACGUGCCUUUGCCGCUCCGGCCGCGUGCUGCCAUCACGAGGGGUAUUAG